AAUAACUGUUCAGUCGGUGGCGGUAAGUGUGGAGCGGACAAAAAGGAAGGCUGAGCCCGAAAAAUUAAUAUUCCGAUGGCAAUAGCAGAGUUCUCAUUUUAAUUUGAUCGUGGCUAUUUAAACGGAAAUAUAUUGUAAGUGUUAAAUGAAAUGAAACGUCAUUCUGUAUUCAAUAUCUUCCAAUUUGUCAUGUAGUUUUAAAUGUUCACGGCAGUUAUUUUGUAAUAUUAGUUUAUUUUUCAGAACAUUUGUGGCACGAUGCAGAAAUUACGUUUUAAACGACAAAUAAUAGCGGCCAUUGUUAUGUUCUAUAAAUAUGUUCCUAUUUAUAUGAUCGUUAUUACGUGAUGCUUUCACAAUAUACUGUCUAUUCUGUAUACACAUGUAUAUGCGCUUUCACACAGUCCUAGGAAGCGUGUCGCUUCAUUGUUGGUCUUAUUUACUACUUGUAAAAUAAUUUAAAACAUUUAGAUGGCUCCUGUGCUGUAACAGUUGUAAACCUACCUGUGAGCCUACCGACUCGAAAGUAUAAUGAACUAUCCAGAAGAUGUAAUGGACAGUGCAGAAGAUGAAAUUUGGAAUUAUAAAUCAAAGCGAAAACUAAAAAGUGGAAACGGCAAAGUCAUUGAAAAAUGUACAUUAGUCCCGAACAGGAAAGAGAAAAAUCCAGAUAUAAGUUCUAAAAAAUAUGAUAAUGUUCGCGUAGCACAGAAAUUAUCUAAAGGUGCGAGUUCCCAAAUUAGUAUUUCUACUUCGUGCGAUAAUGAAGGCCAAGUCGACCCCCAGUUCGCAGAUCGAUGGACCUCACCCAGUGAACCAGGUGGGCAUUCAGCAAAUGUUCAAGAGGAGCAGACAUUCAGAUCUUCCAAAACAGUUUAUGAAGGUUUUUGUCCCAGCUGUCAGGUGCCAUUUUCGGUUCUUUCUGUUCAGACACCCGAGUGGCAUGUAGCAGAAUGUUUGGAAAAUCCUGUUCAUGAAAACGUUAACGAAUGUCCAGAUGGUUUAAAGUGCACUUCCACUGUGCCAGAUCAUUUUAGAAGAUACACACAUUUCCAGCUGGCUCAUAGCAGAGCUGCAGGUGACAAAACCAGCUUUGUCUUUGAAAGUCUGCAAGAAAGCUUGGCCUCCACUUCUAGCUGCAGUAGCCAGAGUAUUAAUGACAGCCCUUUGAAGAAAGAAGCCAUUCUAAAACGUAAUGACAUCACCACAAGCAUUAAAUCAAAUGCAUUGUUACUCUUAAGAUCGCCUUCUAAAUUAGACAUCAAGAAAAAGGCAAAGAAAAAUUCAUCUCCUAGAGCGUUUAAGAAAAGAACAACCAAACUGGUCGACAAUUGUGAUUUAAUUGGCUCUCAGGGAAGUGGUGUGUCACAGCUAAGCCAAAAUCACAGUCAACCAAAUGAAUCAUCAGGGCCUGAUUGUCACAAUUUACUUAUUAAACCAGGUAAUAGUUCAUUGCAGACAGAAGAUGACAUCUCAUACUCACCACUCUGCAGUGAUGCUGAAGAACAAUUAUCAGAGCAAAGCUCAAAAGGGCUGCCCUUUGUCAAAAGCAAUACUGCUACUAUUAAGAAGAAUUUUCUUGACAUUCAAGAUAUAAAUUCAGCCAGUGACCAACACUGUCAGAUAAGCAACUCGCAAAGUGAUAGCAGUGCACCAGAUUUAUGGAAUGAAGACUUAAGUGAUGACCUCUUUUUGGACUAUAUUACUCAAUCUCCACUGGAAGGCAUUGAUAGCAGUAAGGCAAUUAACGCUGAUUGUGCUGGUGGCUUCACUCAGUCAGGCCAGACAAAUCCUGCAUCCCAAUAUAAUGAACACAUUAAAGAAGAGGCCUGGCCACCCACGUUUAUUUUACCAGCAAGUGCAUUCCUAACAAGCAGUCCUGUUUGUUCUGAACUGAAAACCAGGAUUGCAGGAAAUUUGUCAUGUGUUAAAAAACAAGCCGUGGGUCAAAUCCCAUCUCCCCAGAGUCUAAUCUUAGAACAAUUAAGGGACCAUUUAGGACAACCAAGUGAAAGGAACAGUAGCAGCUCUGCUUCAGUAGUAAAACAAACUCUAUUACUUGAAAAAUCCAUGGCAGAAAAUGCAGUUUCUGCUAAGUCUUCAUCAAACAUUUCCAAGAAGCCUUCUCUUUCUGCCAGAGGCCUUAAGCAGACAGACAUUGGAGUUUUCUUUGGGUUAAAACCUCUAAAGGAAAAAGCAACAAAAAUGCCAGAGGAAAAUCCUGUUUUAAUAAGUAAGAGUAGUUGUUUGGGAAGCAAGCUAAAACCAAGGAAAAGAAAAUCUUCCACUCAAGAGGAAAAACUGUUAACAACCAAAGAAUAUAGGAGUACUGGUUCACAGUCUGUCCAAAAAAAUGAAGGCCAGCUCGACAAAAGGAAGAGGUUUAAGAGAGGAGUCCAAGAAACGGCAGGCAGUGAAGUUGCUGCUCUUGGCAAGCGGUGUCCUUUCUACAAAAAAAUUCCUGGAACUACGUUUGUUGUAGAUGCAUUUCGGUAUGGGGUUAUUGAAGGGUGUACUGGAUACUUCCUAACUCAUUUUCAUUCAGACCACUAUGAUGGUCUCAAGAAGAGUUUCCAGUGUCCUAUUUAUUGUAACAAAAUUACAGGCAAUUUGGUGAAAAGCAAGCUUCGAGUACAUGAGCAGUAUGUGAACAUCCUGCCUAUGAAUGUAGAAUGCAGUGUGGAUGGAGUCAAGGUUGUACUGCUUGAUGCCAAUCAUUGCCCCGGAGCAGCAAUGUUGUUUUUCCAUUUGCCAAACGGAACAACUGUGUUACACACUGGUGAUUUCAGGGCAGACCCUUCAAUGGAAAAAGACCCUGUGUUAAUGAACACCAAAGUACAAACUCUGUACCUGGAUACGACGUACUGCAGUCCUGAGUACACUUUUCCAACUCAACAGGAGGCCAUUAAUUUUGCUGCUACAGUUGCUUUUGAAACAUUAACCCUCAACCCAAAAACCCUUGUGGUUUGUGGAACAUACUCAGUUGGGAAAGAGAAGAUAUUCUUGGCGGUGGCAGAUGUUCUAGGAUGUAAAGUUUGCAUGUCUCGGGACAAGUACAACACCAUGCGUUGUCUUGAGUUAGACAGAAUUCAAGAAAAGAUCACGAUGGAUUGGAAUUCCACACAGCUGCAUUUGUUGCCAAUGAUGAGAAUCAAUUUCAGAGAUCUGUAUACGCAUUUAAAUAAGUUCUUGGGCAAAUAUGACAAAAUCUUGGCAUUUAAACCUACUGGUUGGACAUAUUCUGGUGUAAGUAAUUCAGUGGCAGACAUCAGGCCAGAUGUCAAAGGAAAUAUAACUAUUUAUGGCAUUCCCUACAGUGAACACAGUAGUUACCUGGAAAUGAAGCGCUUUGUUCAGUGGCUGGGGCCAAAAAGAAUCAUUCCAACUGUAAAUGUGGGGAAUUGGAAAGAAAGAAAGGCGAUGGAGAAUAUUUUCAGUGAAUGGACGCUUGAAGCAGAGAGUAGAUUAAAGAAAUAAACAAACACUGCCGAUGAUCUACAGCCUUCAUAUUUAAUACAGUUGCUCAUUCACAACCCUGUGAAACUGGUCACUUCAGUUUACCAGUGUGCCAAGGUGCUGUUUCAAAAAGAAAGCCACAACAUUUGAAUUUUGGCUUCUGUAACACUUAACAUUAGAUGCGUACUUUUUUCAAGAAAUUAAAUUUUUUUUUUUUUUUUUUUGCUAGUGAAAUACAGAACUUUGUAUUUUCGAUGGGACCUUGCAGUUUUAUUACACUACAAACACCCAAGUUGAGAGCAAAAUUAAUGUUUUGACAGAAACUUUUUGCCCUACUUAGAAUGGUUAUUUUACUAAUAUUCAAAAAUGAAUCUCUCAUUUUAAGAGUCUAUCUGAAAGUUUGUCCAAAUUGAAUGUAUUUAAUAAUGUAAACUAUUUCUUAUAAUAAAAUAUGUAUUUAUUUAAAA